GAAGCCUGCAAGGGCUGGCGUCCUGCGCACGCGCCCCUGCAGCGCCGCCGGGCCGCCCGUUCUGUGGACGUUUUUGCUCGGCUCCCGUCUCAGCCGAGACUUUGUGUAUUAAAACAUGUGGUCCCUUUCAACACAGUCGUUUGGAGGACAGCUGUUUAUAUGACAAUACUUCCAUUUGCAGUAACCAUUUUGAGAUUAUUCUGGUCUUUUUACUGCUCCCAAAUCAACUUUUUCUACAAAUUUCAGUAUUGUGGACAAAAUUCAUGUGAGAUGGAAGACUUUCGAGGGAUAGCGGACGAGUCAUUUCCCAGCUUUUACACCAAUUCAUUAAUUAGCAAUAGUGGAAUUUUGGAAAAUGUUACUCUUUUCUCAAAUCUUGGAUUGCCUGUUGCUGUUUCCACACUUGCUAGGCAUAGAUCCAGCCGAGCUAACAGGUACCCAGAUGUGCAGGCAUCAUACUUAGUAGAAGAGAGAUUUUCAGUCCCGUCGGAGUCAUCUCUCAGUGGCCAGAGUGACAGUGAACUAAGAGAGAGAUUGCAGCUGAGCUUCGAGGGUGAAGAUUCUCCUUGUAGGAAAAAGAACUACAAAGAAUGUGCACAUUUGUCACAUGGUGCCAUGCAACCAGGAUCAAAAGAGGAGCAAGCCAACACUCCAGCCCCCUUUCAGGGUCAGCAUCACGUGGAGAGGGUUUUACCACGGGAACAAGUACCAGACUCAUCUCUUGAUCUUCACUUGCAACCAUGGAUGAAUAAUCAGGAACAGAAGAUUGUUGUGGCUGACACAGGAAAUUUCCAAGACAAGACUCCAAACAGUGACUGCGGCGGUACUAGCUUAUUAGAAAAUGAGAAACUUGUAGCACUGACGAGCUUGGAGGACUCCUCUGAUGAUGAUAUAAAUGAUGAAGAAUUUUAUGAUGCUCAUUUGGAAGCUUAUUUUGAACAACUGGCAAUUCCAGGAAUGAUCUAUGAAGAUGUAGAAGAAAGACAGGAGUGUCCACAAAAAGAUUUUAAAUUACCUUCAAGUGAUCAUAGUCAGGAUGCACACUCUUCAGGAAGUUCUGGAACAACUCACAGAGAGUCUGAGGAAGGCCAUGUUUGUCUGCCUGGGACCAGUAACUCUGUAGACACUCGAGGCAAUGGAAGGCAGGAAGAGUUUUUCUCUGAUUCCUGGAGAACCAAGAUGGACAGGGUAGGGAGUAUGAAAGAUCAUAUUCCUGAUAAAAGCGGAGAAAGUUCAGAAGAGGAUAAUCUGUUGAAGAUUCUUGAUGCUGCCAAUGAGAAACUUCUCCCUAUUUGUAUUCCUGAUACAAGAGCUAAUAAAGAUGGUUUUGACUUGAGUGAUUCCAUAAAACAGAAGAUACAGUCUUCUCAGUCAUGUAAAUCCAUGGCUUCAGAUUCAAAAGCAGUUUUGAACCCAGACAGAUGUUUAGACACCGAGACGCCUACAGUGUCUAUUCAAAAAAAUGUGGGUAUUGCACCUUUGAAGCCCAACAGUGACAAUGGAACUAGUUCUACCAAUCAUCUCUGGUCACCAACUUCUGAAAGGAGAGCAUGUGACCUUCAUGAAUCUUCUGCAAAACCUGAAGACCAAACAGAUGUCUCACAGAAUGUGGUCUAUCAAAAUGAAGAGGGCAGGUGGGUCACUGACCUUGCCUAUUAUACAUCUUUCACUCAUGAGCAGGAGUUACAGAUGUCUCCACAUGAGGAAAUGAAUGAAGACUUCAGAUCUGGUUCUGAAGCGUUGGAUUUGAUAGCACAAGGUGAAGAAGAAUUUAAUAGAGAACAUCAGUUUAUACAGGAAGAAAACAUCGACGCUAAUAACACUUCGGCUGCACUAGGGGACGCAUCCUGGCUCGCUACAGUUAAUUAUAAUCUGUUGAAGAAGUCACUCAGCCCGUCAGAAUUUGACAAAGAUGCUGCCAGUUAUUUACGUUUGUCAUUAGGAGAGUUCUUUGCUGAAAGAUCUGAAGCUCUUGGUUGCCUUGGUGGUGGGAACAGUGUAAAAAGACCGUCCUUUGGUUAUUUUAUUCGAUCACCAGAGAAGAGAGAACCUUUUGCUUUAUUAAGAAAAUCUGAUAUGUCAAGAAGUAAUUUGGAAAAAGAAAUGGCUCAUCUUAACCAUGGUCUGUUUUCAGGAGAUUUAAAUGAAGGAUCCCAAACACAGCUAAGUGAAGGAUCGGUUACUCUUCAGGCUGAAGCACUGCAGAGCCCUUCCCAGGCAGAGGACAGGGAUGAGACACUAACUGCCCACCAAGGCCAGGCACAGGACACUUUAUUUGGGAAUAAGAGCCUCCAGGUGUCUAAAGACAAGCUGUCUGAUAGUGGAGAUUCUGUACUCAGGAUAAGUACCAUUGCAUCAGCCAUUGCUGAUGUGUCAGUGAGUACUGAUCCUGCCCAGCUUGUUAACUUGAUGAAGACCCUGACCAAUAAAACCCGAGGCAAGACUUCUCAGAAUGAUGCCAAACGAAUACACUGUCCCACAGUGUCCCAUUGCUUAACUAGUGACUUAGAACAAAGUAAUGGAGCCAGCACAUUUGAUAUGGAGAAGUACCUUGCACAGACAGACGUUGGUCAAUGUGAAGAUGGAUUGGAAAGCUUUCCAAGUGCUACUGCAUCUGAUGUUUGUGAUUUAUCAUUGUGUAAAGAACAGACUCUUCAAGACGUAUGUAUGAUGAAGUCAUGUGCUGCUAAUAGAAGGGUAUCAAAAGCAAGUAUAGCAACUGUUAAUUAUGGUGAAGAUGGAGAGAGUGAGACUCAAGAAUCACUAAGAGCAACAAAUUCCUCAAGUUCACUUCUUAGAAAUACAAGAGAUAAUAAAAGUACAGUCAUUGACAUAAAGACAUAUUUCAUGGACAACAUAUUAUCAGAUGUCCAUAAUAGUGGGACUGCUACCUCAGUUUCCACUCCAGCAUCCAGUACUUACUUAGCAGUAAAGAAGCCCAGAAUGCCAUCUGUUUGCCUCUUAGAAAAAUGUGACGAAAUACGGGAAGAUGGAGAAAACUGUGGGCACAGAGGGUUUGGCAGUGAAGUAAGCAGCAGUGACAAGCACGUCACUUUUGAAGAGCGUUGCAUCGAUUUGCCUCAAAGUGGUGAUUUGAAGACUACCUCUCCUCUGCAUGAUGGAUUUGGCUUGGAGGAGGAUCAGGACAGCUUCAGACCAUCCACUUCUCCACUCAGCCAUUCUUCUCCUAGUGAAAUUUCUGGAGCAAGCUUAUCAGGGUGUGCUUUGGAGUCUCUGGAUUCAGUCCAUCGUCAGAACCUCCCCUGUGAGAGUGAGUUGUCUCAGUUGGCAUGUUCCCAUACUGAUAUGAGUAGAUUGACAUAUGUAUCUGAGCAAAGAAGUACUUUUCCUACCUCAGCUGCUGACGAGGACCCACAGGGCUGCAAGAGUGAUGUCACCAAUGAAUUAAGCACCACAAUUAUUCGUGCAAGUCCAACUCCAUCAGAGGAACAGACUGUGGAAAAGCUGGAUAAUCAAGUUAAAGUGCAAAUUAGAGGAAAAAGAGCACUGCCGUGUAUUACCCAGAUAAAGUCUAGUUUGGACAGAGUGACUGAAACCACUUCUACAAGUAGCAGACCAGAAGGUGGAGAACCUAACUUCACAUCAAGUCAGGAUCUUUCCUCCAAAAGUGGAGAACCCAUGGAUGCCAGUGAGGUGGAACUGACGUCAGACCGCAGUGAACAGGACCUGACUGGCCAUGCUGUCCUGAGCAAGCCAGGUCUGAGCCACUGGGCUGGGUCAGACGCAACAUGCCUGCCUGUAGCAGGCCUCAAGACUGUGGACCAAGGUCAGACAAUAACUUCUGAAGGCCCAUCACUUGGCAGCAGUGAGUCUGGUGUCCAAGUACCCAAUCAGAGCACCUCUGGAAACCAGUGUAUCCCUGCGCCCCACAUCCCAGGUCAUGAUUCUGUUGCUAAGGUGCAGAACAUGCCAACUGUGUGUCCUCCUCUCUGGACUGGACAGUCUCUUCACACAGCUCCCUUAGUUCAACAGUAUUUGGGGAUAGUCCCAUCAGCUGUGAAUGCCACCUUGACUCAGUGCUACACAGGCAGUGCCUCCGUCUGUGGGAUUUCAGGAUGCUCUUCUUACCCUGCUGUUGCGGGAGAACAUAUGGCCUUGGGGAUUUGUGUAGGACCAAAUCAUGCCUCUGGAUUGAUGGGUCCCUCUUCUCUUUACAACCCGUGUUCUAAUGCCUUACACCCAAACCUGCGGAGUACAGCAAAGCCCUUUCCUGUGCAUUCUGUCAGUAGUGCAAGUGGUGGAACAGAACUGUGGGACUCAGGGGCGAUGGCAGAACUUGGGAGUGCCAGAGUCCCUGAGGAAUUGAAGUUUCCUCAUGCUUGCUGUGUCGGUAUUGCCUCACAGACUCUCCUUAGCAUACUCAACCCAACUGAUCGCUGGCUACAAGUCAGCAUUAGGGUUCUCAGUGUUAGUAUUGAUGGUGAAAAGGUGGAUCUUCCAACACAUCCUUGCUUAGUUUUUAAGAAUAAAGUCAUCAUAAGACCUCAUGCCACAGAAGAGAUAAAAAUACUUUUUAUUCCCUGCGCUCCUGGGAUUUUCAGAUGCAUGUUCAGUGUUGCUUCUUGGCCAUUUUCAGCAGAUGUGGAGACAGUGGUCCAAGCAGAAGCUUUGGGAAGCAGAGUCAUUCUCACUGCUGUUGCUGAGACUCCUGCUGUUGAGGUAGAAACAGAAAAGAAAGGAGUCCUUGAUUUCGGUGACUUGACUUAUGAAGGCUGGAAGGCUCUUCCACUGAAACUCAUUAAUCGGACGCAUGCUGCCAUACCGGUCAGACUGAUUAUUAAUGCUAAUACGUCAGCCUGGCGCUGCUUCUCCUUUUCCAAGGAGCCCAUCCACACAUCCCUGAAAGCCGCUCCCUAUGCGGGUGUGAUUGCUCAGCUAGUGGCCCCAUCUGUCGUCAGCCAUGUGAUGCCUGCCAGCUAUGAUGGGCAGGAUUCAGAAUUUCUGAUAAUUUGGGUUCUUUUCCAUAGUCCAAAGAAACGAGUCUCUUCCUCAGAGAUUUUAGACCCAGCAGAAGAGUUCUUGGCGAAAGUGGAUAUAGAAGUGGACAGCCCGAACCCUACUCCAGUCCUUAGAAGUGUGGGUCUUCGAGCCAGAGCAGGAAUAGCUAGGAUUCAUGCUCCCAGGGACUUACAGACUGUGCAUUUGUUGGCCAGCAUGAAUUCCUCAGCCAAGCAGCAUUUGCCUUUGAAAAAUGCGGGGAAUAUUGAGGUUUAUUUAGAUAUCAAGGUUUCAGAACAAGGAAGUCAUUUUUCAGUGGACCCAGAGAGUCUGUUCCUCAAGCCUGGAGAAGAACAUGAGGUGGUUAUUUCAUUUACACCAAAGAAUCUCAAUCCCACAGCCUGUGAGGAAAGGACCUUGAAAAUACUUGUGCAGCCAUUUGGACCUCAGUAUGAAGUAGUAUUAAAAGGCCAAGUCAGUUCUUCUGGAAGUAAACUUCUGCCACCUGAACCGUCCUCUUCAGAUACUCCAUCAAUUUUGUCCAAUAAGCAGUUUCUGACUUGGGGAGGUGUACCCCUUGGCAGAACACAGCUUCAGAAGUUAGCUUUACGAAGCGGUUCUACUUCUACAACCCAGUACUUAAGACUACUGAUUAAAGGACAAGAUCAAGACUGCUUUCAGCUUCAGAGCACUUUUGGCUCAGAAGAGCGAUUGACCAAUAGCUGUGAAGUUAGAAUUCGCCCAGAGGAAGACUUGAUCGUCUCUGUAUUAUUUGCGCCUACAAGAUUAUCUUGUAUGUUGGCUAAACUAGAAAUAAAACAACUCGGAAAUCGAUCACAGCCAGGCAUUAAAUUUAUAAUACCUUUGUCUGGAUAUGGAGGAACGAGUAACCUUAUUUUGGAAAAUGUUAAAAAAUUAUCCGACAGUUACAUGGUAACUGUGAACGGUUUAAUUCCUGGCAGAGAAAAUAAGGUUGUUUUUUCUGUCCGCAACACUGGCUCUCGAGCAGCUUUCGUCAGAGCAGUGGGUUUUAAGGAUUCUCAGAAAAAAGUUUUGUUGGAUCCUAAAGUAUUGAGGAUAGUUCCAGAUAAAUUUGUGCUCAAGGAAAACACACAAGAAGAUGUUACUUUAAUAUAUAAUCCAUCAGAAAGAAAGAAUGAUUAUAAAACUGCAACAGAGCUAUCAACUAUAUACUUCUUUGGUGGCGAUGAAAUUUCCAGACAGCAAUAUCGAAGAGCCCUGUUGGAGAAACCAGAGAUCAUGAAGGAGAUACUUCCAGAACAUAGUGUGCUGCAUAGCAUCAACUUUGCUGAAGCGUUUCAAGAUGAACUAUUAGUAGACGAAGCUUUUGAUCUUCCUCAACGGUCUAAUGAUAUUCAGCUCUUUUAUGGGAGCAUGCGUAAAAUUGUCCUUUCAGUGAUUGGAGAAUUCAGAGACUCCACUUCUGGCAGAGAAUAUGUUUGGUCUUCUUCUGAAACGAGCUUAAGCUUUCCUCGUGAAUUGGGAACAGCUGGUAAGCACGGUGGCAAUGUCGCUUUGGAUGUUUUGCCAGUUAAAGGUCCUCAAGGUUCUCCUUUUCUCUCGGACACUGCCCACCCAUCUUCAGGCAUAGCACCUUCUGAGGAAAUGUGGGCCGUUCAGCCUGAGCACUUGAUUCUUCUAGCUCCUUCUUCUUGUGAUAUGAUAAAAACGGGACAUUUCCUGAUUAUAAAUCAUUCUGUUACAUGUUUGAAAUUUGAGCUAUACUGGCCAGCACAUUGUCUGACAGUCACACCCCAACAUGGAUUCGUUGCACCAGAGAGCAAACUACAAAUUCUUGUGAGCCCUAAUUCCUCCUUAUCCUCGAAACAGUCAAUGUUCCCAUGGAGUGGUUUGGUCUAUGUACACUCUGACAAUGGACAGAAGAAAAUUGUGAAAGUUCAAAUUCGAGAAGAUUUGAAUCAAGAUCUUCUCUCUCAUUUGGCCUCCAGCACAUUUGGAGUGCUUGCCUCAGCACCUGAGCCUUCCAUUAGUCAUUUGACAAAGCCCGUACCCAAACCACCUUCCACAAAAGUUGAGCUCAAAAGCAAGAUGGUUAUUUUGCCUACAACAGAACCUGGUAAAACUUCAGAGAACUGUCUGGAAUUCAAGAAUCAUGGCCCCACGGAUGUGAAGUGGCACCUGUCAUCUUUUGCUCCUCCAUAUGUCAAGGAUGUUGAUGAAAGUGGAGAUGUUUUCAGAGCUACCUACACAGCAUUCAGAUGUUCUCCUAUUUCUGGUAUACUGGGAAGCCAUGGAAUCCAGAAGGUCUCCAUCAUGUUUCUGCCCAGAGAUAGAGGAGAUUAUGCCCAGUUUUGGGAUGUUGAAUGCCACCCAGUGAAAGAGCCUCACAUGAAACACACAUUGAGAUUCCAGCUGUCUGGUCAGAGCAUCAGAGCAGGAAAUGGGCCUGAAGAUGCACACUCUUCCAAGGACACCCUCAUUAAAGUAGAUCCUGCUGUGAUGCCCCGUAGGCAUGCUGUGCUUGAAGCCUCUGCGCAUACUGGACAGCAUGAUUUGAAUCAACGAGGAGUAUAUGCCCCAAAAGAUGUCUACAUGUUCCUGCCAACCAAAGUUGGGGAAUCCAGGAUGUUGAAAGUCAAUUUGAGAAACAAUUCUUUUUAUACACACUUGCUGAAGUUUUCAAGUCCCAGAGAGCCUUUCUACAUCAAACAUUCCAAAUAUUCUUUGAGAGCCCGGCACUACAUCCACAUCCCCGUGCACUUCAGACCAGAGGCGGCAGGCAGAUUUGCAGCUCUGCUUGUCAUUCACACAGAUGAAGGCAAGAGUAUUGCGGUCCGACUAAUUGGUGAAGCCCUUGAAAAAAGUCAACUCUAAUACACUUUUUUUGUAAAUUACAAGUUAGUUUCUUUUUGGCACCUUCAUUUUUCUACAUCAAAAUUACACUUUUUUUUGUUGUUUGUUUGUUUUUUUUGUUUUUCGAGGUAGGGUCUCACUCUGGCUCAGGCUGACCUGGAAUUCACUAUGGAGUCUCAGGGUGGCCUCGAACACUCGGCGAUCCUCCUACCUCUGCCUCCCGAGUGCUGGGAUUAAAGGCGUGCGCCACCACGCCCGGCUCAAAAUUACACUAUUGUACAUAUUUUGUAUGAUCAGUUUUGUGUAUAUAACUGUAGAUUUUUUUGAGAAGUUAAUCCUGAAGCCCUGACCAAAAUAUCAUGUAUCUAGCUCACUACAUUGUAUUAACUUUUACACAAAAGAGAAUUCUAUUUUUGCAUUGAUUAUGACUUUCUGA